AUUCGCAUGAAAAUAUUUGCAAAUUCAAAAGUGACAUCAUCAUGAAAUCAUCGUCAGGGUCACGAUUAUUAGUGCUGGCCAUCAUAUGCCUCGUCCAGUGUUUUCCCCAGGCCCAGAGUCAGUUCAAGACUGCUGGCAUCAAGACGCGUCAAUAUGCACCUCCAUCGGGUAAUCUUCAAUUGUCCAGCAAUGUCACGGAAUCAAAUCAGACCGCUCAUAACUAUGGUUGGAGCACUUUUGUGCCUGCCGAAACGUAUGAAGGCUCGGCCAUGCCUCCGCUCUAUGGCCACUAUGUGCAACCGCAAAAUACACCCCCGGUGAAUCGUGGUCCAGAAGUUGUAGACGAAAUAGCAUUGUUCAUAAACAAAACUCGCUCAUCAAUGGCCAGCGGUGUGUGCUAUAAAGAAGUUCCAACCGCCUCGUUGCUGCGUAAUUCUGGUGACAAGUUCAUCGGCAAUGGAACUACCCCGGAUAUGAGUCAGAUUCAAGUCUGUUGCGAAGGUUACGAACGUAAUCCCCAUAUAUACCGUCGGUGUGAGCCAAUUUGCGCAGAUGAUUGCCCCAAUGGCAUUUGUACGGCUCCCAAUACAUGCGUCUGUAUUCCGGGCCAUGUCCGCACCACUGAGGGUAAAUGCAUCUCCACUUGUCCCUUGGGCUGUGGCAACGGUGUAUGCGAUGAGCAUAACGAAUGUCGUUGCCGUGAUGGCUACAAACUCGAUCCAAUUAGUCGCAAAUAUUGCCAGCCGGAAUGCAAUCCUGGUUGUGCCCAGGGUCAUUGUGUGGCCCCCAACAAAUGUGAGUGCCUGCCGGGUUACCGCCAGGCGGCAGAUGGAAGCUGUACUCCAGUAUGUGAUCGAUGCGACAAUGGAAAAUGCACUGCUCCGGGACAUUGUACUUGCAAUACUGGCUAUCUGAAGGUGGCUGGCAAUUGUGAACCCAUAUGCGAACAGCCUUGUAAAAAUGGACGUUGCAUUGCUCCCGAUACUUGCGAGUGCGCCAAUGGUUUUGACUGGGAUCGUAAGACUGGCCAAUGUGUUCCCCAUUGUGAUAUACCCUGUUUAAAUGGCGUUUGCGCAGGUCACAAUCAAUGUGAAUGCAAGCCCGGCUACAUUCUGGAUGAACAUCAGCGGAAUAUCUGUCAACCACAUUGCCCGCAGGGUUGUCCUAAUGGUUUUUGCAGUGCACCAAACUUUUGCAUUUGCCGGCCGGGAUUCAUUAAAAGCGGCAUCAAGGGACGCCAGAGUUGUCAGGCGAUUUAAAUAUAAUUGUUAGCACAUCUUGUUUGGUUUUAUUAACUGAGAUUAAACAGACGCCCCACAAGGGCAUUAAAUUCAUAACUAAGUUGGUAA